AUGCAUCAACGCCCCACAGUCGACAUACUUCUUGCUACCGCCCUGGGCAAACGUUACGCAGACAACGAUUUCGAUUCUACAAUGUCCCAUCAAAGUAUUCCGUUCGACAUGCCUGCCAAGGCGCAGCAACCACCAGCUCCGACUCAACGUCUUCCCCGGUCCAACUCCAUUGUCAAGACAGCUGCCUCUCGAGGCGCGCAAGCAGCUCCAAAGCAGAUUCGGAUCCUACUAUGCAAUCCAAACUCCACGGCUUCUAUGACCCGUGCGUGCGUCGACAUGGUAUUACCUACGCUGUCAUCCAACGUCGUCUUAGUGGGCUGCACCGCCAUCGAGCCAGCUCCAUCAGCUGUCGAGAGUACAUUUGACGACGUCAUGUCAGCUGCCGUGGCGGUGCAAGGGAUACUUCAGCAUGCGAAUCAGUUUGACGCCUUCCUGAUAGCGUGCUAUAGUGACCACGCGCUUAUCAAGAUGCUGAGGGAAGAGUUGACGCAGCCUGUGGUAGGCAUCAUGGAAGCUUCGCUGUUUGCUGCUCGGACGUUGGGGACUCGAUUCGGAAUCAUCUGUAGCGGCCCGCGCUCCAAGUACACGCUUGAGGACACAGUGCGGAACUCUGGCUUUGCGGGGUUUUGUGCUGGCGUGCGAAGUUGUGAUUUGGGUGUCCUGGGUCUGAAAGAAAGACCCAGACACGAGGUGCUGCGUAUCAUGAGGCAAGUGAGCAAGGAACUCGUGGGCGAUGGUGCCGACGUGAUACUACUUGGCUGCGCCGGCAUGGCGGACCUGAAGCCUGCGGUCGAGGAGGCUGUUGGUGAUGAUGUGCAAGUCAUCGAUGGUGUCGUUGCUGGCGUGCACCACCUGAUUGGUCUUUGCAGAAUGGGAGCGCGGACUGCGAAGAAGGGGACGUACGCGAGCUCUGCAGCAGCAAGGCAAAAGCGAGGUCAAGAUUGGUUGUGA